GGCCGAUACCGAUUCAUAGCCGAUCGAUCGUCCCAUCUCUAGGUGAUACAAUUAUGAAUUAUUUGCCAUUUAAGUGAUAUUGCACAGGGGUGUACUUGCAUGUAGAUAAACUGACUGACAACAAGAAGUCACUAAAAAUAAAGUAUUUUCAAAACAGCCAAGCUGAAGGAAUAUUAAGACUGGAUAGGAAUAGUAUGGCUGAAAUAUAGCUGCAGAUGCAUUAUGUCCAGUUUAGUGGACACAUGGUUAUUCAGAAGUUACUUCUUAUGUGAAAUCAAUAUUUGAACAAUAAAACAAUUAUAUUAUUCCUUAAAUGUUACAUUAUGUCGUAAUAUUUUUUUUUAACCUGCAAGGACCUUUUAGAUUAGAAAGAUUGGCGAGAUAUUCCUGCCAUGUGACACUUGUUUGGCAUUUCAUCGACCAUUUUAGUUUAAAUGAAUUCUAGUUGCAGUAACAACUACUGACCACUGGGUAGAACCCUAUAAAAUGAUGCUGAAAUGUCCACUGUAAAGGUUGAUAAUAUGCAUGGAAACGUGCUUGUAAAAAAAAAAAAAAAAAAAAAAAAAAAGCUUUUGAAUAGCUGUCCAUUGUAGUGACCAGUAUGCAUCACAGGGUUAAAGUAAAUUAGCUAGUUAUUACGUAUUAAACUUGCUAGUGCUUUUUCCACUUAAAUUUAACUGAAUUUUCAGAUAUUGUAAACCACAUGAUGUGAUACAUUAGUUUUAGAGAGGUUCAUUGCAUCCAACUAAGUAUUAACAUAUUUAUGUUUGUUUGAUUCAGCUUUUAGCAGUUAUUGUAAUAAUAUUAUGUUGCUAUCUUUGCCCUAGUGAGUCCUGUCGUCAAGCUAAGCCUUACUUUAACAUUAAGCUAAAUGAAAGAAAACAAAGAGAAUGCCACUCCUGGUAUCUGCACGAGCACGCUGGACCACAUAAAGCCUUGUUGGUACUGGGAUAAGAAGGACCUGGCGCAUACUCCAUCUCAGUCCGAAGGGCUUGAUCCGGCCACCGAGGCUCGAUACCGCAGAGAAGGGGCCAGGUUUAUUUUCGAUGUAGGAACUCGAUUGGGACUACACUAUGAUACCUUGGCAACUGGGAUUACCUAUUUCCACCGCUUCUACAUGUUUCACUCUUUUAAGCAAUUUCCAAGAUACAGUGAAUAUGACGGUUAUUCCACACAAAUGCAUAUUUGCACCUUGAAGACGUUUUACCGCUUAAGCCAAGCGCUGAACAAAACGGCAGUCGCACACACAGAGUUUAAGGUUACUGGGGCAUGUUGCCUUUUCUUGGCUGGGAAAGUUGAGGAGACUCCAAAGAAGUGUAAAGACAUUAUCAAAACAGCUCGAAGCCUGCUUAAUGAUGUGCAGUUUGCCCAGUUUGGGGAUGAUCCAAAGGAAGAAGUUAUGGUUUUAGAGAGAAUAUUGCUGCAGACAAUCAAGUUUGAUCUGCAAGUGGAGCAUCCAUAUCAGUUUCUCUUGCGCUAUGCAAAACAGCUAAAAGGUGACAAGAAUAAAGUACAAAAAUUAGUGCAGAUGGCCUGGACCUUUGUGAAUGACAGUCUCUGCACAAUGCUGUCCCUUCAGUGGGAGCCAGAGAUCAUAGCUGUUGCAGUUGUGUACUUGGCUGGUCGUCUGUGUAAGUUUGAUAUCCAGGAGUGGACAUCCAAGCAGUCAUCCCGCCGCUGGUGGGAGCAGUUUGUGCAAGAUGUCCCUGUUGAGCUGUUGGAGGACAUCUGCCAUCAAAUCUUGGACCUGUACUCCCAGGGCAAGCAACCAAUCCCACAGCAGCCUCAAACGCAGGAGAAAGACAAACCACUCCCUCUUUCUGCAGGCCAACCUAGUCAAUCAGCAGGACAAAAUUCUACAACACUGCCUCCAACCAAGAAAAAUUCACCCCAAGCCAGCCCACCACGGCAGUUAAAACGGCAACAUGUUUCUCCCAAAGAAGAGCAGAAGCUGACCACAGAACAAGUCGGUUCUAAAAUACCGCGGCUCGAGAGCCCAAUGCCGUCCCUACCAGUUACCCAGCCUCCUGAUUGCAAACUCCCAACGUCAGCUCCAGUUUUGCUUACAGAGGCAGAGCCAGCACAGUCAGCUGAUUCUGACACAACCAAGGUCCCACCUCUUCCCCAUGGAGCUCCACCUCCUUUGCCUCAUCGUCCACCCCCUCCACCAACAUCCAGCUACAUUGUCGGCAUGUCCACGUCUAGCUCGUACAUGUCAGGCGAGGGAUAUCAAAGCCUGCAGUCUAUGAUGAAGACUGAUGCACCAUCUUAUGCACCUAUUCCCCCCUCUUAUGGAAUGCCGUUUCCUCCACAUGUUUAUCCACCUCCUAAUGCCCCUCCCCCAGGCCCUCCUCCACCUUCAUCUUACCCUCCUCCCAAUCUUCCUCCUCCAACACCAACUUACCCACCACCAGGCUACAACCACAGUUAUCCCCCUCCUCCUCCUCCCCCACCUUCACGCAUGCCACCUGGUCAUGCUGUCCCACCUCCAGGUAUAGUUUUACCGCCUGCUGGAUACCCACCUCCACCUGUGCCUCCAGGUCAGCCACAAGUACCUAUGCCACCUGGCAUGCCACCUGUGGGUAGCAUCAACCGAGGAGCCUGGAUGAGAUGAAGAAAAAGCAUAAAUGAAUGUGUGGAGAGUUAGAUGAUGUUGAAUAGCAGGUUCUCUAUAUUGGAAUGGUACAAGCUGUUAAAAGUUUGUGUUAGAUAUUAAAUAUUAUCAGGUUUUUGUACAAAAUGUAGAGUGCCAUGAUGUACAGUAAAUAUUUGAUUUUUUUUAAAGCCUCAAUUUAUUUUGUGAACAGACUGGACUUUGGUUAGUCUGAAGUUUAGUGUAAUGAUUAUAAUUGUCUGGAAAUAUAAAGUACACCUUUGGCAACUGUAUGCCCUAAUGGUGUUGGCCUCUUGUGUUUAAAAAUGUCUUCUUUUUUUUGCUUACCUGGGUACAGUAUCAACAAAAUUUUAGUUAUUGUCACUAGGGACCAUUGUACACAUCAGCAGUAUGGUAUUGCAAUUUAUUAAUUAAACUAACGAAUUACACACACUUUUCUUUACCACAUUUUUCCCCAAUUUACACAAAAGUUUGUCAGUUUUCUUUGACUAAUUUUACAUCACACAAUCUGGGAAAUCCACCCACCACUGUUUUACAAGCUGUAGCUCAUGUGAUGUCAGAAUGUACAUUACUUUAAAAUGUGGCAUAAAUGUU